UUAAUGACAGUGACAUGACACGUCAUUCUUCUUUUUCCAUCAAAAAUAUUAUAACGGAUUGGUUAUUUACUUAUGAGAGAUUCCAACCUAACAUUAAAAAUGACCGAAACUGAAAUUUUCCAAAUUUUGUUGAAGGGCGAAAUCGAUAUAGAUUUCCCUAAACAACGAAGCGAAGCGAUUAAUGUAAUUGCUGAAAAAUUGACUGAUAUAAUUUACGAAUCUUAUCAAAACGGAUCUAAUAAUAGUACUACUAACAAUAGGAUCAAAACUCUAAAAUUCAUUAAUAAAAUUUGUCAAAUUCGAUUGCACCAUUCUUAUGAAAAUUAUAUGAAAUGCUCGUUAAAGGAAAUCAAAAAAUCAUUUGAUACAGUUGAAAGCGAAGUUAUGAUAAACUUCAACAAAAAUAUAGCCGAUGAUUUAAAGAAGUAUAGAGACAAUGUGUUUUAUAAAAAUGUGGAUGAGUACUAUACGAGGAAGAUCGAGAAAGAAAAAGCGUACGCUAGGAAAAGAGGAAUGAUAGACGAAGAUAUGCGAGAGAAACUUGGAAAAAAGUAUCAUAUGCAAGUGAGGAAAAAAUAUUCAUUCGGAACGAACAAAAAACAUUUAAAAAAAUUAUUAGAAAGUGAAUCUUGUGAUAACCAAAAAAAUGAGGAAGACGUCUGUGAUAGCGACAAGAUCGUUAAAUUGGGUUAUACAAUGCUCAAUUUAGGGAAAAUGGAUAUUUUGGAAAGGAUAAUACAAUGGAUUUCUUAUGUUGACAAGUUUAAUGAGUCGGAAAGAAAAUUUUUGCGAUAUAUUUGGACGUCACAAAUAUGUUCAGUUGAUAUUUUCAUUGAAAAGAAUCUCGAUAUUUUUUAUUUUAUCAUAGAAGAAACUCUAUUGAAAUGCACAACUCAUUUGUUAGGUUUGGAGCAAGAAGAAGAUAUCAGAAGAUAUUUGUCGGAGCUGGAAAAUGAAUGCAGCUUUAGGAGAAUUAAAAAAAUCUGCGGUGUUCAUUUGAAUUGUCAAUUGAAGCUUCGAACUCUAUUAUAUGAAUUAUAUUGUAUGAGUUUUUGUAACGCGAAUGUACUAAAACUUUGUGAAUUGAUUAAAUAAUUGUAUUGAAUUGUAAUAUGGUUUCCCUGACAACCCUCUGGUAGUUUGAUCAAUGAAAUUUUUUAUUUUUUAGACUAAAAAUGUUGGAUCUUGGAAAACGAAUCGGUGGGCCUUUUCUAACAAAGA